AUGGCGGAAGCCCAGUUCAAAGACAUUAUGAUGCAGCCCAAAUUGGAGCUCUCGGUGAAUCCGAACCGCUUGAUUCAAAACAUUCCGCAUCAACCCGAUGUUGUAGUAGACAAACCGGCUCCAUUCAUCGAAACUGUGCCGAUUCCAGCUCCGAAAAUUCGAGAAGAAAGUUUGCCCAGGAAAAGAGGAAGGCCAAAGAAAGAAAAGGUGAGUGGAUCUUCAAAAAGAAUUUUUUUUUUUUUUUUUUUUUUUUUUUUUUUUUUUUGAUUUUCAAAUUUUGCGCACUGUGCGGAGCUGAUUUUUAUGGGAAAAAAAUUAUUUUUUUUUUCUCAAAAAAACUUGAUUGAAAUCUAGAUUAGAAUUUUAUAAGAUACAUUUGAGAUUUCUAGCUCACUUUUUGAAGAAAUCGCUGAGAUUUUUACCGAAAACAAAAAAAUUAAAAAAAAAAUUUUUUUUUCGAUUUUCGACCUGAAAAAUUGAUGUUAUAUUUUUGCUAAUCAACAGAAUAUUUCUAUAAAAAAUCAAUUUUUUCCCAGUGAAAUUCGCUGAGAUAGCGCAAAAAAUCUUUUCUUUUCUCUGGCCGUCUCCUAAAUUUCCAUGCUCUCUCGAAAAAUGAUUGUCCAAAAUCUCGGCUAAAUUUGCAACUGGCGAGCUGAAAAUUUCAGCGAUUGAUUAGUGGACUGUAUAGAUUCCCUACACCAAAUUUGAAGACAAUCAAAAAAAAUUUUUUUUAACUUUUUUACUUUUAGGAAGACCUGCCAAAACGCCCUCGAGGUCGUCCUUGUAAGAAUCCGGUGGAUUGGACGGAGUAUAUCCUCCCGAGUUUCGCUCAUAUCAUCCCGAAAAGGGAGCCGGAUGCUCCGGGCUCUUCAACUGCGCUUCAGCCGGCUCCACUCCCGGUUCCUCUGCCCCGGCCAAAAAUCAAGUUGCAUUUGUCGGACGACAAGAAGAGCAAUGAAUCCGUGGCACUGAACUUUGUCAAUAGAUUGUUGGGAAUCCGGCGGCCGAGGGGAAGGCCACGUUUGCAUCCGCAAAGGGUAGGAAAUUUGAAGAUGUUUUGGUUGAAGUCUAGUGUAAUAUAAAAAAAGUGAUAACUCAAACUGUGAGCGUUGGAUCUGCUUCAAAUUUAGCAUACACUCUCUAAAUAGGGUGAAAUUUUAAUCAGCCAAGUUUCGAUGCAUUUCCGCGUGGCAAGGGUAGGAAAUUUGAGGAUGUUUUGGUUGAGGUCUAGUGUAAUAUAAAAAAAGGUGAUAACUCAAACUGUGAGCUUUGGAUCUGCUUCAAAUUUAGCACACACUGUCUAAAUGGCCUACAUUUUAAUCCCUCAAAAUUUUGGUUUGCUAUUUGCAAUGGUCGCUGAGAUAUUCGAGGUCGAGGAUAUUCGGGUGGUGCACAUCCUGAAUAUCCUCGACCUCGAAUAUCUCAGUGACCGUUGCAAAGAGCGAACCAAAAUUUUCAGGGAUUAAAAUCUAGGUCAUUUAGAGAGUGUAUGCCAAGUUUGAAGCAGAUCGGACGAUCACACUUUGAGUUAUCGUCUUUUUUUAUAUUACACUAGACAUCAACCCAAUCAUGUUCAAAUUUCCUACCUUUGCCACCCGGAAAUGCAUCAAAACUUGACUGAUUAAAAUGUGACCCAUUUAGAGAGUGUAUGCCAAAUUUGAAGCAGAUCGAACGAUCACACUUUGAGUUAUCGUCUUUUUUUAUAUUACACUAGACCUCAACCCAAUAUUGGCACUUUCAGGAUCCAAGCCUCCCGAAAAGACCUCGCGGCCGUCCCCGUCAUGACGAUCCCAACAAUCCCAUACACAGAGUCGUCAGUCAGGCUCGCAUUGACGCCGAAACCCAGUUGAUGAACUUGGUCGCGAACGCGAUGCGAAGUAAAACCCCGAAAGAAGAGCCCCAAACUGAAGCCAGUUUCUCCGGAUUCCCCUUGAAUUUGAGUCGGGAGAGCGAUGCGGAUAAGGUGAGGAGACUUUUUUGGAAAUUAGAUGAUUUUUUUGGGAUUUUUGAAUAAAAAAUUUUGACUUUUUUUAGCAAAGUGACAAUGAAAUGAAUGGAAAUGAAGAUUCAGCGGAUGUCAACGACUUUUACCCACAAAUCGAGUAUUUGGAGUGAGUUUUCUUGGGGAAUCUGGUAGAUUCAGUGUGAAAAAUCACUAUUUGUUACCUAAAAUAAUAUUAUUUUUGGUUGAAAAAAUUAAAUUUUCUCUAAAAUAAUGCUCAGUUAUGUCAAGAAAUGUGGUUUUAAGAGUAAUAUAAUACAUUUUUUGAAAUUUUCUCCAACAAAAAAUUUUUUUUUGAUAGAAAAUUCAAAAAUCGUCUAAAAUAAUAUAAUUUUUGCCUAGAAUAAGGUGGUAUUUGCCCAAAAUAAGAUAAUUUUCUACUAAAAAUAUACAUUACAAUGGCGGACCUGAUCCAGUGAAAAAAAACUUACCAUUUUGCAUCCGGGAAGUAUCAAAAACGCGGCAAAAUGCCUCCCUCUCAAAGUAAAAAAACUUCGUUUUGAAGGGCGCGCCUCACAAAAAGAACGAGCGCGCUUUUGAAAUCGGAAUGUUUUCACUUGGAGAGGGAAGCAUUUUGCCACAUUUUUGAUACUUCCCGGAUGCAAAAUGGUACGUUUUUUGCCGCUGGAUCAGGUCCGCCACUGUAAUUAUAGUUUUAGAAAGAAAUUGUCUUAUUUUGGGGGAAAUAGCACCUUAUUCUAAAGAAAAAUUGUAUUAAUUUAGGUGAUUUUUACAUUUUCUACCAAAAAAAAUUUUUUUGGCAGAAAAGAUUUCAAAAAAAUGUGUUAUCUUUGUCUUAAAAAAAUCAUUUUUUAGCCAUGUCGAAGGUGAAAUAUUGAUAUUUUGACCAAAAAAUAUUUCCUUUUUUGUCGUUUUCACCUAAAAAAUACAAUGGGGGACCUGAUCCAGUAGCAAAAACGUACCAUUUUGCAUCCGGGAAGUAUCAAAAAUGUGGCAAAAUACCUCCCUCUAUAACUAAAAAAAGCGAAGAGCGCGCCGUUUCCCUUACAAAAAGCAAAGUAUUCGGCGCAGCGACAUUGUGCUCAUUAUUUCCCCGACAAACUGAUAAGUAAUGAAACCUGCCUAUAACGAACAAUUUCAAGGGUAUCCAGACCUACAGUGGGGGACCUGAUCCAGUGGCAAAAACGUACCAUUUUGCAUCCGGGAAAUAUCAAAAAUGUGGCAAAAUGCCUCCCUUUCCGAGUAAAAAAACUCCAAUUUCAAAAGCUUUUCAAAAGCGCGCCCACUCUUUAUGUGAGGGAAAGGGCGCGCAGUUCAAAACGGAGUUUUUUUUAGUUGGAGAGGGAGGUAUUUUGCCACAUUUUUGAUGCUUCCCGGAUGCGAAAUGGCACUUUUUUUGCCACUGGAUCGGGUCCGUUACUGUAAUUCCCCUCAAAAAUUUUCAGCACCGACUCCCCGCUCUACCGCAAUCUGUGGCGGACCCAUCGUCUUGCGGAGCGCGAAGUCAUCUUCCCAAGGUCUCAACUGGAGAAAGUGUUGGACGAAAAUCUUUUGAUCUGUCUUCCAGGCCCCGAAAUUGCCCGAAAAGAUUUGCAGGUGAGCCCAUCGGCGGUCUCCAGAUGCACUUGUGGCUACGAUGUGGCGGAAUCGGAAUGUGGCCGAUAUAUGGCGCUGAAGUUGAGACCGAACAAGAGCUGUGAAUGGUAUUUGAGCAUGGACAAAAUGGAGGGAGUCCGGUUUUUGUGGCCCUUCAAACAUUCUUGA